AUGUCAUCGUUUCUGGAGAGGCAAAAAAGUCUUUUCAAUCACUUGAAAGAUGCUGAAGAGCAGUACAGUUUUUCUAAAACAAACAAAGCACCUGCUACUCAAAACUUCAACGUUGUAGACAAAAAAGCUGUACGAAAACGGAAAAAUGAAAUGAAGCAGUUCAGAGGCAAAGAGAGUAUAUUCAAAAAACCACAAGAAAAUUUAAGGGAUUGUUUGAGAGCAAGAAAGAUUCCAGAUUAUAUGAAAAAUCCACAGAAAUGGGUUUAUUAUUCAUUAUCAGAUGUUACCCCUGAACAAAUGUCGGACGCUACUAAUAUGGUUACAGCUCAAACUUUCAUUCGUGAAUUAGAAGAACAAGAAGCGUCAAAAAUAAAUGGGAAACAAGUUGAAGAUGAUUUUGUUUUCAAAAAACCUACUUUCUACAUGUCUUCAGUGAUAAAGAAGGUACUUAAGAAGCCAAAGGAAGAGGAUGAGAAGGUUGUCUUUAAGAGUAACAAAGUUGUCAUGCCAGAGUAUGUUGUUGGAGUAUCUCAGAAAAAGGAAAAGAAACAAAAGGCUACAAAAACACCCCAAGAUCAUGCUGAUAAUGUUAGAAAGGUGGAACUAAAACUGCAGCACCUGUUUGAAGAUGAAGAAGACUAA